GCUCCUUCUGUACUCCCCCUCCAAAUUCUACCACAAAACUCUUUUCAUCCAACUCCAAAGAUUUAUCUUCUUUUUUUUUUUUUGUUCUUUUUCUCUCCAGUUUUUAUUUUCUCUCUCCUUGGAUUUUUUUUUUCUGUAUUCCCUUUUUUAUGGUGGUUUGCUUCAUCUCUGUGGAGAUUCUAUCAAUGAAGUAUGUAGUUGGAAGAUUCUUCAGACCGCGGCGAAUUUUAGCAGAUGGAAAACAGGGAUGAAACCCCAAAGGAUUAUUACAAAAUUUUGGAGGUUGACUACGAUGCAACAGAUGAGAAUAUCAGAUUAAAUUAUCGAAGACUUGCUCUGAAGUGGCAUCCUGACAAACACAAGGGUGAUAAUGCUGUUACCGCAAAGUUCCAAGAGAUAAAUGAAGCAUACACAGUAUUGAGUGAUCCAGCCAAACGACUUGACUAUGAUCUGACUGGAAACUAUGAGAUUGAUAAAUUCACAUUGCGGGAAUAUCUUACUAGAUUUAAAGGAAUGAUACUUACUUGCAAUGGGCUCGGUAUCAAUCAUACUUCAAUGUGGACACAACUGAUGGAAAGCAACGAGUGUCUGGAGAAAUGAAGUUCAUAAUUUUCCAUCCAUUUAGCGUACAGGUUCCGUGGAAGGUAUGUAAUCAUUUUGGCUCAAAAAUAUUGCAGAGAAGGUGGCUGAUUAAGUAUUUUUGAAUAAUUUGGUCUAGUGUGGACAAACGUUAGACACAUGAAAAAGUUGAAGAUAAAUGAAGAAAAGUGUCAAAGGAAAAUCAUCUUUUCAAUACUAUGUUGGAGUUACUAAUGAUGAGCUGAUAGGCAAAUUAAAGUA